GGGCGGAGCGGCAGGUUCAGUUGCCGAGGGAAAACAAAUGGAUGGACGCUGGAUGUAGCAGGCUAGAUGCCGUUAUACUUUUCGAAAGAGAAGAAUUUGGACGUUUACUUCUGUUGUCAGAUAUCGUUGGCUUGCACUUUACGUUAUCACAGGUCUGAUGACACCUUUAUUUGGUAAAGGUCUGGUGCUGAAACUGUCUGACAACAUGCCAGCCAAUCGUGCUGCUGCUGCUGACAGGCACUUAGCUAACACAUGCUCAUCAUUUCAUGGUUGCUGUGUCAAUGCACGCUGCACGAAAUAAAUGAACAAAACAGCAAAUUGAUACAUUUUAGUCGAGCAUGAUUUCAACCUAUACAAUGAAGUAAACGUUUAAUACACUCAGCGUAAGGGGCUGUGUUAGCUUGCAAGUGAACAGCUACAACGUUGACAUUAGCCAGCUACUGCAUCUGUCAACAUUGAAACCUCAAGAAGAUACAAUGGCGCAUUGGACCAAAUUCGAGAAGAAUUUGGACAUAGAAACGAAAAAUCUCAUCAAGCACUUUACUGGUAUCCAAGAUGAAGAGGACCAGAACUUUCAGUUAGCUCUGAAAUUCACAACUUCAAAUUUUCGGUUCCAUCGCUUUCUUGAUGUCAACAGUCAUAAAGUUCAACAGAAAGUAAAAGGGAUCUAUGAGAAACUAAUGAUUCACUCAGAUGUGAGCAAAGCAGAGAGCUGGAUGAGAUUGACUGAUGAAUUCCUUAACUCCCCUCUCCCCAAUACAGAAGGUGUUAAGACGGAUGCCCACCAUAGUUUACUGGCCUUGCUGCUGUACCUGUCAGAUUCACCCUCAAACAACAACUUCACAGAGAGACCCAGAAUAAAAGAAACUGCUAAAGAAGACACUUUUGACUGGGGCAAAUAUUUAUUAGAAGGGGAAGAUAUCGACUCUGGCCCCUACCCAGACACUCCGGAGUGGUCUGAGGAGGAGAGCGAUGAGGAGGACAGUCAGCAGCCAUUCAGUAGAGAGGACUCUGGGAUACAGCUGGACAGGACUCCACAGGAGGACCAGGAGCAUGCGGAUAAAAAUGUUGGGGUGACGUGGACAGUAGGGGAGCCUGAUGCUCGGGCGUGGCUGGAGCAACACGUGGUGACUCCCUACUGGGUACCUCACGCUCCACGCUUCCCUCACAGCUUGCACCUGCACUCCAACCUGCUCAACGUCUGGGACCAGCAUUUGUACAACACUGACCCAUUGUACUUGCCUGAAGAGAAGGCCUUUGUCACGGAGACCCAAGUGAUACGGGAGACUUUCUGGCUGCUUUCUGGGGUGAAGAAGCUCUUCAUAUUUCAGCAUCUUGACGGCAAAGUGGUGGUCCGAAACGAUGUCGUUGUCACUCAUCUAACCAGUAACUGUCUGCGUUCAGUGCUGGAGCACAUAGCUGCGUACGGACAGGCCGUCUACAGGCUCCAGCGCUUCAUCGACGAGGUGACGGGCUACAGUACCGAGACCUGCCCCCCUGGCGGCUCAUCUUCCUCCUCGUCCUCGUCCUCCUCUUCCUCCAAAAGAGGCUCUGAUCCGCCUUUCAGGACCUACCAGGCCUUUGUGUGGGCGCUCUACAAGUACUUCACCACCUUCAAAGAGGAGCUCACCACCAUUGAAAAGGAGCUGAUUGGCAAAGAUGAGACGGUGACGUUGUCUGGCGUGCUGGAGCGCCUCAAGCCUCACCUGGCGCAGGUGAAGGUGCUGCAUCGGGUCUUCUGCACGGGGGUGGCAGAGGUGCCUCCUGGCACGCCUAACGUGGUGCGGGCAUCCCAUCUGCUCAACACCCUCUACAAAGCCAUCCUCGAGUACGACAGUGCUGGAGAGGCCUCAGAACAAGCGGUAGCCCUGCUCUUCUCUCUCUGGGUGGAGACGGUGCGGCCCUACCUGGAGAUUGUGGACGAGUGGAUUGUGCACGGCCACCUAUUUGACCCUGCUAAAGAGUUUAUCAUUCAGAGGAACAAAGACGUGCCGGUGGACCACCGUGACUUCUGGUAUGCCACCUACACCCUGUACAGCGUGUCGGAGCUGGUGGACGGCAGCGGUAGCGGGGGAGGGGGUGGUGGUGGAGGUGGAGGUGGGGGUGAGGAGCGCCUGAGCGAUGCGGCCAGCGGGAGCUCCGGAGGGGAGCAGGCCAACGGCAGCGGCGGUAGCCGGGGGCACACCAUGGUGUCCUUCCUCAAGCCCGUGCUCAAGCAGAUCAUCAUGGCCGGCAAGUCCAUGCAGCUGCUCAAGAACCUGCACUGCAAGGAGGACGAGCAGCGGGAGGGGGGCAGCAGAGAUGCGGAGCGGAAGAGCCUGUACACGCUCUUCCUGGAAUCGGUGCAGUCACGACUACGGCGGGGAGAGGAGUCGCCCCUGGAUACGGUCACCGAGCAACAGGCCACCAAGAGGAGCCUGAUCAAGAUGCAGUCAAUUGUGGCCCGACACCUGGAGCUGGAUGACAUCAACGACCCGCUCCUCGCCAUCAACUUUGCAAGGUUGUACCUGGAGCAGAGUGACUUCCACGAGAAGUUCUCUGGCGGCGACGUCAUGGUGGACCGCUCGUCUGAGUCGGUGACGUGUCAGACGUUCGAGCUGACCCUGCGGUCCUGCCUGUACCCCCACAUCGACCGCAGGUACAUCGAAUGCUGUGGCAACCUCAUGAGGACCCUGAAGAAGGAUUACAGGUUGCUGGAGUAUCUGCAGGCCAUGAGGAAUUACUUCCUGCUGGAGGCGGGAGACACCAUGUACGACUUCUACACGGCCAUCUUUGACAAGGUGUUGGAGAAGGAGAGCUGGCAGCAGCUGUCCUUCCUCAACGUGCAGCUUCAGGAGGCAGUGGGACAGCGCUACCCAGAGGACAGCAGCAGGUUGUCAAUAUAUUUGGAGACUAUUGACCCUGCCAGGAAAAAACAGCCAAUCAAUAAUCUCGAUGGCCUCACUCUGAGUUAUAAGGUUCCCUGGCCUGUGGAUAUUGUAAUCAGCUCUGAGUGCCAGAAGAUCUACAAUCAAGUCUUCCUGCUCCUUCUGCAGAUUAAAUGGGCAAAGUACUGCCUGGACACAUUGAGGUUCAGUGAUCUGACGGUCGCCGCUAAGAAGCAUGAGGGAGCGCCUCCAGAGGAGGAGCCCACUAAAGAGCCCAAGGUGCCCGUCAAGCAGCAGAUCCACCGCAUGUUCCUGCUGCGCGUCAAGCUCAUGCACUUCGUCAACACCCUGCACAACUUCAUCAUGACCAGGAUCCUGCACAGUACCGGGCUGGAGUUUCAGCACCAGGUGCAGGAAGCAAAGGACCUGGACCAGCUGAUCAAGAUCCACUACAGAUACCUGUCCACCAUUCAUGACCGCUGCCUCCUGAGAGAAAAGAUUGGCUUUGUGAAGGAGGCAAUCAUGAAAGUGCUGAAUCUGGUGCUCAUCUUCUCUGAUCGAUGGCAAGCUGGCUUUGGAGCCUGGAAGACUGAGUCCAUCAAUAAAAUGGAGUCUGACUUCAAAAGCUGCCACAUGUUCCUGGUGACCAUUCUGAACAAGGCCGUGUGCCGAGGGUCCUUCCCUCACUUGGAAGCAUUGGCACUGUCUCUCAUGGCCUGAUCUGAAGCAAAGCCACUAGUAGGUGCCUCACGACUCCCCACAAGCUGUCCUGACUAGCCUCAACCAACCUCUGUGUGUCCUUUCCAGUGCCCAUGGCCACACACACACACACACACACACACACACACACACACACACACACACACACACACACACACACACACACACACACACACACACACACACACACACACACACACACACUCAGACAGUCCUCCUGUUUACCAUGUACUUAUUGCGCCUUGUGUUUGUCGCUGCCAAAUGAUGUCUUUACAGAUGAUGUCACAACAUGUGAGACUGGUGGUGACGUUAUUCAGUCUAGCUUAGCACACAAAGACAAACGAGGCCUGUACGAGUGAGUGUCUGUCUGUAGUGGAUGAACGAAAGGUUGCGGUGCGGAUGUAUGGCAAUGUACAAAAUAAAAGUGUAAAUGUUUAGUUUGUUAUCUGCUGCUUCUCCCAUUGUUAAGAAGUCAUUGUCAUGUGUAUAAUAAAAUUAUUGUUUCC